UUAUCCCUUUAUCGUUCGCCGUGUGUUCGCACAUAAAUAACAUUGGGGGAGCUGCUCGGGCAGCUUCUAUGGGGAGAAGAUUAGAAUCAAAGGACCUUUCAGCCCAAGGAACCUACACCAGAACUAAGAAACGGCAAAGCCAACGUGUUUUCAGCUGAAGAGUGGGUUGAAUGAAUAGAGGAAUAUCUGUGAAAGGGUAUAGGCCGAAGUUGUCAGCCCCCAAUUCAUCUCUGUUGAUUGAUAAUGCUGUCACCAAUUUAUCAAUUACUUCUGAGGAGGCACAGCAGUUGAUUGGCUCCCUUCACUGUUUCACACGGCAAGUUGUAUUCCAAGGACUGACUUCAGCUGAAGAGAUUUUCCCACUCUUUCCAGAUAAUUUCCAUCAAAACCUGAAAAAUCUGUUAACUAAAAUAAUUCUUGAAAAUGUAGCCAGCUGGAGGAGUGAGGCACUUGCAAAUCAAAUUUCCCUGCCCCGUCUCAUCGACAUGGACUGGAGAGUGGAUAUCAAAACCUCCUCUGAUACCAUCAAUAGAAUGGCCGUGCCUACAUGCCUGCUCCAAAUGAAGAUUCAGGAUGAUUCCACCAUUUGCCAAGAUAAGCCCACUAUUUCCACCGUCUCCCUUGAACUGAGUAAAGAAAAACUGGAUACGAUGUUGGAUGGACUUGGUAGGAUCCGGGACCAGCUUUCGGCUGUGGCAAAUAAAUGAAAUGUUUACUCGCUGUCUCGGUGACCAAGUAUUAGAAA